UUUAUUUUUAAACAUUUUUCUUACGAGCUAGUUGCACGUUUUGGGUCGUAAAUUUAACUAAUUCACCCUGAUGAUCGAUAAAAAAUGACCUUUUUUAGUUUAAUAUUUUGCCAAAUAAUAAUUUUGAUCUUAAUUUCACGGCAGGUUGUUAAGAUUACUGACUCCACCUGCAAAUUCUUGAUUGGCUGUUUGUUUGUUACUCACUGCUGCUAACUUUUCGAUCAGACUAAAGCAUUGAAGAGAUACAUCAAAAACAUUCAGUUCAUUUUAUCUUUCAAUUGGAUAUCCCACACAAGACUGUUACCCUAAUUCACUAAUUAAUUGAUUGACAUCACUAAUUAUUAUAUACCAACACAAUGGAACGCUGGGUCAUCAAAGUAUUCACACUAAUGGGUACUUUUUUGCUGCCGCUUUUCAGCACUUUGUUACCAUAUCGUCUGUCACAUUGCAUCGAUCAACGAGGCCAGGCGGGCAAACGUAUAUUAAGUUAUCUCAUGUGUUUCGGUGGGGGCAUCUUUUUUGGGACUUACUUAUUACACAUGGGCCCGGAAGUGAGGAUGUUGUUACAUGAAUCGUUAUUAAAGCCCUACAACAUUGACUAUCCACUGUCUGAUUUGUUCACUGGGAUUGGAUUUUUUGUAGUUUUGUUUGCUGAAAAAAUUGUUUUGAGAUGCAACAAAAAACGUUUAGAGCACAAACGACAGUCCAUGUACAUAAACGAGACGGAAGAAAUUAGGGAGUGGACCCCUCCCCCGGGUCACGUGUGUGCCAACCCGACAGAUACUUGUCAACCGUGCAUCAUGGGGCUGCCAUGUAUUGGAAGGGAUGGAAAGGUCAUUCAUGAAAUUGAUGACGAUGGAAAUUUGAGGCCAAUAUCUGGUGCCCAUGUUGAAGGCCUAACAAUGAUGACAGCCCUGAAAAACAAACACGACGACACAAAUUAUUCACGCGACGGGUCGGGAGAUGGCUCCACUGGCGACAACUACGAAUCAAAAUCACGCGAGAAACAAGUUUUUUCAACAUCAAAAACGUCCGAUGGUGACUUCUCUGCCGACUCCAACCACAGAUAUCAACGUCGAUCAAGUUUGAAGACGCGUCCUGAACUGCACAGGCGUGAGAGAAAGAUUAGCGAGGUGGCCAGCUUGAAUGGUUUCGGUCAAAACGAACACACCCACACUUCGACUCGAUCGAUAAUCCUCAUCCUGGCCCUCUCACUUCACAGAAUCUUUGAAGGAAUGAGUGUCGGUCUGCAAAAAAGCACCCAAGAUGUCCUGAACCUCUUCCUAGCAGUCAUGUGCCACGAAACUGUCAUUGGAUUCAGUCUCGGCCUGCAGUUUGUCAAAUCAAAAUUCCCACUACGUCGAUUAGUCGUUACAUCCCUAGUUUGUUCAAUCAUCAUGCCAGUGGGCGUGGCCAUUGGGACCGUCAUGACAGAAAUCGGCCACCAAAGUCAGGAGUUGGACAUCAGCAACGGCGUGUUGCAGGCGUUCGCCAUGGGCACCUUCAUUUACGUCACCUUCUUCGAAAUUCUUCAAGAGGAAAUCGAUCCGGAGGACACGAGCAUCGGGAAAGUUAUUUUUAUCGCUCUCGGGUUUAGCAUGAUGGCUUUACUUACGUUAAUCCCCGAGGAGCACGUUAGUGAGAUCAGUGAAUUAGGCACGCCGAGCAAUAGUACUGAAAAUAUAACAAAUGCCUUGCUCAGCAAUAUGACGUCAUUUUAUUCCACCAAUCAUUAAUAAUUAUGCUUUUAUAUAAUAUUUAUAACUAUAAUAACAGCCGUCUAUUUUUUGUAUGAUCUAUAAUUAUAAAAUAAUAUUAUGGCGUUGGUGUCUUGAAUGUGUUGAAGGAAAUUUUCUCCUGUCGCAUUUUGUUGUUCUUGUACAUAGGAAAUGUGAUUGCUGUGACAUUAAUUAUUAUUAUUAUAAUAAAAAAAAAUUUAUUAUUAUUAUUAUUGUUAUUUUUAUUAUUAUUGUUUUCGUUUGUUGUCUUUCUCUCGUUGACAAAAAAACUGGCCUGCUUCAUUUAUAGCAAAUCAAACACAUC